GCAUCCAUUCUAGAUCCCUUCUUCCUGCUGUACUUUCCAGCUUUGGACCUGAAUUCUUCUACUGAGGAGAUCCCCAAGUUAAGCUUACAACCCUUUCUCGUUUCUGCGUUCUUCAGAAUUCGACUUUGUUUUCAUCUGCCGGAGCACUCGAUCCUCCAAGGCGAGUGGGGUAGUGUGCAAUCGAUAUCCAUUAAACCUAAUUGGCCAGGAUGAGUGUGGUUGGUUUUGACUUUGGGAAUGAGAGCGGUGUUGUUGGUGUAGCAAGGCAAAGAGGAAUUGAUGUGGUGCUCAAUGACGAGUCCAAUCGGGAGACUCCGGCAAUUGUUUGUUUUGGUGAAAAACAGAGAUUCCUUGGGACUGCUGGGGCUGCAGUUAGCAUGACGAAUCCUAAAAAUACGAUUUCUCAGAUUAAGCGACUCAUUGGACGCAAAUUUUCAGAUCCUGAGCUUCAAAGGGAUUUGAAGGCCUUGCCGUUUGCUGUAACUGAAGGGCCUGAUGGAUAUCCGUUGAUUCAAGUGAGGUAUUUAGGUGAAUCUAGAACAUUUACACCAACACAAAUACUGGGAAUGGUACUUACAGAUCUGAAGAGAAUAGCUCAGAAGAAUUUGAAUACUGCAGUGGUUGAUUGCUGCAUUGGGAUCCCAGUUUACUUCACUGACCUUCAAAGGAGGGCUGUUGUUGAUGCGGCUACAAUCGCAGGUCUCCAUCCUCUUCGAUUAAUUCACGAAACAACUGCAACAGCCUUGGCUUAUGGAAUUUAUAAGACAGAUCUACCUGAGAAUGACCAACUGAAUGUUGCAUUUGUUGACAUUGGGCAUGCCAGUAUGCAAGUUUGUAUUGCUGGUUUCAAGAAAGGACAGCUCAAGAUAUUAGCUCACUCAUUCGACAGGUCUUUGGGUGGCAGAGAUUUUGAUGAAGUACUCUUCCAGCAUUUUGCUGCCAAGUUUAAAGAAGAAUACAAGAUUGAUGUUUUCCAAAAUGCUCGAGCUUGCAUCCGUCUUAGGACUGCUUGUGAGAAGCUGAAGAAAAUACUCAGUGCAAACCCGCAGGCACCUCUGAACAUUGAGUGCUUGAUGGAUGAGAAAGAUGUUAAAGGUUUCAUUAAGAGGGAGGAGUUUGAGCAGAUAAGCAGUUCAAUUUUGGAUCGUGUCAAGGAGCCACUGGAGAAGGCCCUAUCAGAAGCUGGCCUGACCAUUGAGAAUAUUUAUGCAGCUGAGGUGGUUGGUUCAGGUUCUCGUGUACCUUCCAUAAUGAAGAUACUGACAGAUUUUUUUGGGAAGGAGCCUCGCCGUACAAUGAAUGCUAGUGAGUGUGUUGCUAAAGGUAGUGCUCUGCAGUGUGCAAUGCUAAGCCCCACAUUUAAAGUGCGAGAAUUCCAGGUCAAUGAGAGCUUCCCUUUUCCAAUUGCUUUGUCCUGGAAAGGAGCAGUUGUAGAUGCACAAAGUGAAGGUGCAGAUAAAGAUCAAAGCACUAUUGUUUUCCCCAAGGGGAAUCCGAUACCUAGUGUGAAAAUUCUCACAUUCUACCGAUCUAGGACCUUCACAGUUGAUGUUCAAUAUGCUGAUGUCAGUGAAUUAAAGGCACCUGCUAAGAUCAGUACAUACACAAUUGGACCUUUCCAAUCAACCAACGGAGAGAGGGCUAAACUAAAGGUCAAGGCACGCCUAAAUCUACAUGGAAUUGUUUCUAUUGAGUCGGCAACACUCAUUGAAGAAGAAGAGGUCGAAGUUCCAGUUGUUAGAGAGCCUAUUAAGGAACCUACUAAGAUCAAUAACAAUGAGACUUCAGGUGAUGGAAUCUCAUCUGCAAAUGGAACUGAUGUGAAUAUACAAGAACCUAAAAGUACUGGUGAUGAUGAAAAUGGUGUUCCAGAGUCUGAAGAUAAACCUGUUCAAAUGGAAACCGAUGCUAAGGUUGAUGCACCUAAGAAAAAGGUGAAGAAAACAAAUAUUCCAAUAUCUGAGAUAAUUUAUGGAGGAAUGGCUCCUUCAGAUGUCCAGAAGGCACUAGAAAAGGAGUUUGAAAUGAUCUUACAAGAUCGUGUUAUGGAAGAAACCAAGGAAAAAAAGAAUGCAGUGGAGUCUUAUGUUUAUGACAUGAGAAAUAAGCUUUAUGACAAGUAUCAAGAAUUUGUUACUGAUAUGGAGAGAGAAGGGUUCAUUGCCAAACUGCAAGAGGUGGAGGACUGGCUGUAUGAAGAUGGGGAGGACGAGACCAAAGGAGUAUAUGUUGCCAAACUUGAAGAACUCAAGAAGCAAGGUGAUCCUAUUGAAGAGCGUCACAGGGAGCAUACAGAGAGGGGUUCAGUGAUUGACCAGCUUGCUUAUUGUGUCAAUAGCUACAGGGAGGCUGCAAUGUCAAAUGACACAAAAUUUGAUCAUAUAGAUCUAACAGAGAAACAAAAGGUUUUGAGUGAAUGCGUGGAUGCUGAAGCUUGGUUGAGAGAGAAAAAACAGCACCAGGAUGCACUCCCCAAAUAUGCAGCUCCUUCUCUCUUGUCUGCGGACGUGAAAAGGAAAGCAGAAGCUCUUGACAGGCUUUGCAGGCCAAUAAUGACGAAACCCAAACCAGCCAAGCCUUCUUCUCCUUCUCAGGGAAGUGAAGAUCCAAAUGCAGAAACCAAUCAUAGCAGUGAAGUACCAUCAUCAUCAUCAUCAUCAUCAUCUGAGCCUAUGGAGACCGACAAGCCUAACCAAUGAAAAAUGGUUCCAGUUUUUGUGUCUAUAAAUUAGUCUCUCUGCCUUUUUUUCUAUUGAAUUGAAUGAAUCUGUUCCCAUUUACUGUAAUUUUCCGAGGCUGCAUUUUUUUCAAAAACCUGUUAUUCCAAAUUUGUUUUUAAUCUGUCGGAAGAAGUAAGAAGAAACUCUGAAUUGCAACUUUGUAAGCUUUCAAGGCUUAAGCUAUUCCAAUUUAUUAUUUUUUUGAUAAGAAUUGAGGAACAUUAUUAUUCUA